GCAGGAACUGUGCACGUCCACGUGAGCGGCAACCGCUUAAACCCGCUUCCCCUCUGCCGCCUUCCCCAAAUUGAAAUGACUAGAGGCGGCGAUUUACCGCGCGGCGGUGUGAACUCCCUUUAGGUGAUCAGUCCAGUGCGCCUGCGCGGUUUACCGGACAAGAUGGCGAACAGCAAUGGUGGAGGAAUGGAAGUGGAUGGGGCAGCCAGCCCCAGUGUUAUGGCUGCAGGGGUCACCGGAAGCGUUUCUGUGGCCUUACACCCUCUGGUUAUCCUCAACAUAUCCGACCACUGGAUACGCAUCCGCUCACAAGAGGGACGACCAAUGCAGGUGAUUGGCGCCCUGAUUGGGAAGCAGGAGGGGAGAAACAUCGAGGUGAUGAACUCCUUUGAGUUGCUGUCUCACACCAUAGACGAUCGGGUGCAUAUUGACAAGGAGUACUACUACAUCAAGGAGGAACAAUUCAAACAGGUCUUUAAAGAGAUGGAGUUCUUGGGCUGGUACACCACAGGCGGCCCCCCUGACGCAUCUGACAUCCACAUUCACAAGCAGGUGUGUGAGAUUAUUGAGAGCCCUCUCUUCCUCAAGCUCAACCCAAUGACCAAACACACCGAUCUUCCUGUUAGUGUUUAUGAAUCUGUGAUUGACAUCAUCAAUGGCGAGGCUACUAUGUUGUUUGCUGAGCUGACGUACACUCUUGCAACAGAGGAAGCAGAGAGAAUCGGUGUUGACCACGUAGCUCGAAUGACAGCCACAGGCACAGGAGAAAACUCGACAGUUGCUGAACACCUUAUAGUCCAGCACAGUGCGAUAAAGAUGCUCCACAGCCGGGUGAAGAUCAUUCUAGAGUAUGUCAAAGCCGUGGAAUCAGGAGAGGUGCCCUUUAACCACGAGAUCCUUCGAGAAGCGAAUGCCCUGUGCCACAGAUUGCCGGUCCUCAGCACCAUAAAAUUCAAAACGGACUUCUAUGAUCAAUGUAAUGACGUGGGCCUCAUGGCCUACUUAGGCACCAUCACCAAGACCUGCAACAGUAUGAACCAGUUCAUCAACAAGUUCAACGUCCUGUACGACAGACAGGGAAUCGGCCGGAGGAUGAGAGGACUCUUCUUUUGAGCUGGCAGAAAGACAAACGAGCACUGCAGUUUCUUUUUCUGUUUUUGUUUGUUUGUAUUUUUGGUUAGCUAAAACAAAUUCUACAGUAGUUUUCAAACCAGCUUACAAUUUUUAACCACAAGUGUAUCAAAAAGCACUUAAUUACACCAAUCGGUAAGAGAUGUGUACAAAAUUACUCAACUCUUUCUUGGUUAUGCACAGAAAUAAAUCCACUGCACAUGAACGUUAUAUUAUUUUACCCCGUUUGUUUUAUUGUUUCAUGUUUCUGUAUGUAAUAAAUGAUCUGCUGAUUUUUUUUCAUGGGA